GGCGCCGCGCCCGCCCCGUGACAGCGCUGCGAGCCACCGGCCGCUCCUCGCGUCACAGCCCCGUGUGACGUCACCCGCCCGCGCGCCGCAGCCGCCGCCAUGGGCAAGAGCCGCGGCGGGGCCGGCAAGGCCGGCAGCGUGUUCCGCAUCGCCCGCAGCGGCGUCCUCAGGGCCAAGGCCAAGGGCAAGGCGCGGCCCGUCACCUCCGGCCUGAAGCAGAUAAACAUAAAAAAUGCUGAAAAAGUUAGCACAAUAAAUAAAGCAUUUGCUGAAGUUCAGAAGGAAAUUCGGCAGCUAUCAAAAGGUACCACAGCAGAACCUCAGAAGACUCAGCAGGCCUAUUUGCAGUCUUGCACAAGAAUUAAUUAAAGUUUAAUUCCUGACAAGUUCCUCCGUAUAAACUCUUUCUGCUGACUGAUGCUCUAGGCACAGUUUCAGGGAGAGAAAGCAGUGCUUCAGGAUGAGAUGCAGAUGAAUCCAUGCUGGCUGUUGGAGGAAGGUGGAGUUUGGAGAAGUGGACAUGACUUCUCAGUGUGCCUGAGAUGAUCAAGUUUCUGUACAGCUGGGAGCAACUAAACAAGUGUCAAAUACCUCAAGGAGAGGCUGAGGGAAAAAUGAAACAUAAGUGACAGGAUGAAGCCAAACCAGGAUUUCAAGGCAGUUGGAGCCAGUGGUCCUAUCCCUGCUCGCUUGUUAUUUAUUCCUCCAGGAACUCAGACUGUACUACUGCUCCUGUGCUAGUAGGGCUCUACAUGACUGCUGAAUUUAAUCACUCAGGCUGUAAUAGUAUUUUCUCCAAAGUUGCAAAAGUGUUGUUGAGAGCAGUUGUGAUCUAAAAGUUGAGACUGUCUCAGUUGGGCCAUGUGUGUUACGUUACUGGUAUAACACUCCCAAAGCACAAAGCAUUUUCUGCUUAUGUCUCAACCUCAGUGUAUCCUGCAAUCCCCUCAAAUUAAUUAAGUAUGACUGCAAAAUUAGCCUAAAUCAAAUAUAUAAAAGAGAAACUAAUCUUCUGGACAAGGGGUAUUUAUUUAUUAGUCUGUUUUGUUGUUGUUUUUUUUUUCCGAACAGAGUAAAAAAAUUUUCCUCUUUAAACGGAAAGUCUUUUUUUUAUUUUCCAGGUUUCCACAAAUGUGGAAGAGGAACCAGCAAAUGUGGAUGCUGCCACAAGCUUAUUAUCUCAGUUGUAAUGCAAAAUGGACAAUGAAGGGGUUUCAAGAAAUGAAAGACCACAAAUAUUGA